UUAUAUAAUAAUCGAAAACAGAGUAGGCCCACGUCGGAUGUUGCAUUAGGUGUUUCAGAGCAUCUUCUUCCUCGUGAGCUUUUCAUUCUGUUUAAGCUGAUAAACUGUAGGAGCCAUUAUUAUUUCUUGCCCAUGAUGGAGCCACGUGACGUAUGAUAAUAAAUCAUAUACACACACCUUCUUUGCUCUCUGUUCUGUGCAAGAGUAGCAGAGCAUUGAACUUGGAAGGCUUGAAGGAAUUAUUUCCUAAAAGAAAGGAAAAGAUGGGGUUUCUAGAUCUUUUGAUGAUUGCUUCGAUGCCAGUUCUGAAGACGCUCCUUGUGACUGCACUUGGAUUAUAUCUUGCGCUUGAAAGUGUUGAUGUAAUGGGGGAGAGCGCAAGGAAGCAAUUGAAUAGAGUUGGAUAUUUCGUGUUUAGUCCGGCACUAGUUGGCAGCACCCUGGCCAGGACAGUUACUUCGGAGAACAUUGCCCAAUUGUGGUUCAUGCCGGUCAAUAUCCUGAUUACGUUUAUCAUUGGAUCUGCACUGGGGUGGAUACUUGUAAAAUUCACUCGGGCACCUCACCAUGUGAAAGGCCUUAUACUGGGUUGCUGUGCGGCUGGAAAUUUGGGACAUUUGCCUUUGAUUAUUAUCCCAGCAUUAUGCAAAGAGCAAGGCAGUCCAUUCGGAGUGCCUGAUGUUUGCCAGAAAUAUGGAAUGGCUUACGCUUCAAUUACUAUGGCGGUGGGAGCUGUUUAUUUGUGGUCUUAUGUUUUUAACCUUGUGCGGGUGUCUGCAAGAAAUAUAACAAGAGGAGACGAGAAGUCAGAUGCAUCGGUGGAGAAUACAGAAUCUACAACAGAUACGAAGAAGUGUAUCCAAGAGUGCCCUGAAGCACUUCUUCCAUCAACAAAGUGCACUUCUACUGGUAACUUGGAUGAAUCGAUGCUUCCUUUGGUAAAACCCGAGGUGAAUAGCCAGGUUUCAACUUGGGGCAGAAUAAAGAAUUGCUUAACAAAGAUCUCAAAGAAUAUCAAUCUUCAGACGUUGUUGGUACCAUCAACCAUUGCAGCAAUUGUUGGAUUUAUUGUGGGUGUUGUUCCACGCAUCAGAGGUUUACUGAUUGGCGCUGGUGCUCCCUUAAGGGUUGUAGAAGACUCUGCUUCUUUACUGGGGGAUGCAGCCAUUCCUGCUGUUACCUUGAUUAUGGGAGGAAAUCUUCUCAGAGGAUUGAGGGGUUCGGGCGUUCAGCUCUCUCUGAUUGCUGGAGUCGUAGUGAUUCGGUACAUCUUACUUCCCGUCAUUGGGAUCGUUAUCGUGAAAGGUGCACUGUACUUUGGUCUGGUGCAUGAAGAUCCACUCUAUCUGUUUGUUCUCCUUCUACACUAUGCCCUUCCUCCGGCUACGAACAUAGGCACGAUGACCCAGUUGUUUGGAGCAGGUGAGAGCGAGUGUUCUGUUGUGAUGCUGUGGACGUACGCCUUGGCUUCGGUUGCCCUAACGGUUUGGUUAACCAUCUUCAUGUGGCUAGUAACUUGACUUUCUUUUGGCUUAACUUCCUUCAUGGAGGGUGGCUACAUUUUUCCUCACGUUCGAGAUCAAUUCAGCGACAAAUGUGGGAAAUAGGGCAUCACUGCUUUCGCGCGUUAACCACGACACUCAUCAUCAUUCUUUCCCGGCUGCAACUGUGCACAGCCGAGUUACACCGCUGGAAAUUUGGUCGUUCCCUGUCGGCAACAGCAUUGAGAUGUACUUUUAUUCAGCUUAUCAGCCUGAUUUUGCAUUUUGGCAAGAGGCCUGCUUGCAGUGAUGGUGCUUGUUCACGAUGUGAGUGAAUAAGGAAAUUACUCAUGCUACUGUCACCUCCACAUCUUCUAUCUGGGCACUGACUAUAUUCCUGGUUCUUUUGAAAAUAGGAUGGUAUAGUAGGACCUAAGUUUUCGUAUACAUGAGUGCAAAAAGCUUGCAACUGAACCAGCAUUAUGAAAAAUUGGUCAAUACGUGCUGCAUAUGUUACGAGCUGAGCCGAGCGUGUUCGCUUCGCCUUA